GGGCGCGGGCAGCCCGGCGCGGGGUCCUGGGACGGGCGCGGCGCGGGGCGCGGGCUCUGAGGCGGCUGUGGCCCGGGUGGUUGCGAUGCUGUGGCCGCGGUUGGCGGCGGCCGAGUGGGCAGCUCUGGCCUGGGAGCUGCUGGGCGCCUCGGUGCUGCUGAUCGCUGUGCGGUGGCUGGUGCGGCGGCUGGGCCCGCGGCCGGGGGUCCUGGGCCGCAGCGGGACCCCCGUCCCUCCGCCGCGCGCGGCCGCGGCCCUAGCCUCAGGUGAAAUGACAAUGGAUGCCGUCUUGGCUCAAUUGAAACUUCUGAAUCCAGAUGACCUUAGAGAGGAAAUCAUCAAAGCUGGAUUGAAAUGUGGACCCAUUACAUCAACUACAAGGUUUAUUUUUGAGAAAAAAUUGGCUCAGGCUUUACUGGAGCAAGGAGGAAGGCUGUCUUCUUUUGACCACCAUGAGGCAGCUGCCAUAGCUCUCAGACAAGACACACAAAGGAUUUUGAAGGCAGCUGAAGGGAACCCAACUGAUCAGGCUGGUUUUUCUGAAGACAGAGAUUUUGAUUACAGUGUGGGCCUGAAUCCUCCAGAGGAGGAAGCUCUGACGUCCAAGACCUGCUCGUUGCCCCCCAGCACUGUGGCGGGGGCCGGGACCCCCAGAGCUGGGGCGACUGAGUUUACGGAGCCUCCUCUGUACUAUGGGGUGUGUCCAGUGUAUGAGGACGUUCCAGCGAAAAAUGAAAGGAUCCAUGUUUACGUAAAUAAAAAGGAAGCACUGCAAGCUGUCAAAAUGAUCAAAGGGUCCCGAUUUAAAGCUUUUUCAACCAGAGAAGAUGCUGAGAAAUUUGCUAGAGGAAUUUGUGAUUAUUUCCCUUCGCCAAGCAAAACAUCCUUACCACUUUCUCCUGUGAAAACCUCACCACUCUCUAGCAGUGAUGGGUCAAAAGAUGGUUUGUGCUUAUCUGAAUCAGAAACAGUCAACAAAGAGCGAGCCAACAGUUACAAAAAUCCCCGCACGCAGGACCUCACUGCCAAGCUUCGGAAAGCUGUGGAGAAGGGAGAGGAGGACACCUUUUCUGAUCUCAUCUGGAGCAACCCCCGGUAUCUGAUUGGCUCAGGCGACAACCCAACCAUCGUGCAGGAAGGGUGUAGGUACAACGUGAUGCAUGUUGCCGCCAAGGAGGAUCAGGCUUCCAUCUGCCAGCUGACUCUGGACGUCCUGGAGAACCCUGACUUCAUGAGGCUGAUGUACCCCGAUGAUGACGAGGCCAUGCUGCAGAAGCGCAUCCGCUAUGUUGUCGACCUCUACCUGAACACCCCCGACAAGAUGGGCUAUGACACACCGUUGCACUUUGCUUGUAAGUUUGGAAAUGCAGACGUGGUCAGUGUGCUUUCAUCACAUCAUUUGACUGUAAAAAACCCAAGGAACAAAUAUGAUAAAACACCUGAAGAUGUAAUUUGUGAAAGAAGCAAAAACAAAUCUGUGGAACUGAAGGAACGGAUCAGAGAGUAUUUGAAGGGUCACUACUAUGUGCCACUCCUGAGAGCAGAAGACACAUCUUCUCCAGUCAUUGGGGAGCUGUGGUCCCCAGAUCAGACGGCUGAGGCCUCUCACGUCGGCCGUUACGGAGGCAGCCCCCGAGACCCUGUGCUGACCCUGAGAGCCUUCGCGGGGCCCCUGAGUCCAGCCAAGGCGGAAGAUUUUCGCAAACUCUGGAAAACUCCACCUCGAGAGAAAGCAGGCUUCCUUCACAACAUCAAGAAAUCAGACCCGGAAAGAGGCUUUGAGAGAGUGGGGAGGGAGCUAGCUCAUGAGCUUGGGUAUCCCUGGGUUGAAUACUGGGAAUUUCUGGGCUGUUUUGUUGAUCUGUCUUCCCAGGAAGGCCUGCAAAGACUGGAAGAUUAUCUUACUCAGCAGGAAAUAGGCAAAAAGGCUCAACAAGAAACAGGAGAAAGGGAAGCCUGCCGAGAUAAAGCCACCACAUCUGGCAGCAAUUCCAUUUCUGUGAGGGCGUUUCUAGAUGAAGAUGACAUGAGCUUGGAAGAAAUAAAAAAUCGGCAAAAUACAGCUCGAAACAAUGGCCAGCCCAGGUUGGGUGCUUUUGGAAACACGGGGUGCAGCGCCUUCCCCUUGGAGCAGGAGGCAGACCUCAUAGAAACCUCAGAGCCAGGUGGUCUGCACAGCGGCAGAAAUGGGUUCUGCCCUCCUCUGAGUCACAGCAAGACUAUGGAGAGCAAGAAAGCAAAGGCACCCCGUGGGGAGGAAGCUCAUUUGCCACCUGUCGCCGGUUUAUCUGCUGAGUUUGAUAAACUGACUUUGCAAAAUCUAGGAAGUAGCGUUUCUAAGACACCAGAUGAAAAUAUGAAAACUAAAGAUAAGAUCCCGACUUCAAGAAUCGAUGCAGUAGGAAGUGACUUGUUGGAGGUUGCUUCUCCUGCAGACCAACUCGGGAAUGACCAGGGGAGGACAGAGUGGGAAACGUCAGCCAAUAUUGCUAGAAUGUCCUUGGGCCCCAGCUGCCCCGGGCACGAGGAUCAGCAGCUAGAGCCCACGAGAGAAUCGGCCAGGCGGCUCUUCCUUUUUGGAGAGGAGCCGUCAAAACUAGAUCAGGAUGUUUUUGCUGCUCUUGAAUGUGUGGAUGUCGACCCCCAUCAGUUCCCGGCUGUGCACAGAUGGAAGAGUGCUGUCCUGUGCUACUCACCCUCCAACAGACAGAGUUGGCCCAGCCUCGCGCUAAAAGGAAAGUUCAAGUCUUGGCUGCCGGAUGUCAGCGGACCUCACAGCUACAGUCCAGGGAGAAAUGGUGCGGCCGGGAGCAGCCCCAGAAAGCCGGGCCCGGGCAGCCCUGGGCGCUACAGCCCCGCGCACGGGAGCCAGCUCCGUAGGAUGACGCGCCUGGCCGAGCUCACUGCCCUGUAGGCUCACAGCUGGGGCUCCCUUCGGUCUUCAUUUUUAAAGGAAGAAGGGUCAUAUGUUUAUUGCUAAAAUGUCACAAAGGAGUAUAUUCUGAUUAAAUUAUUAAUCCUCACUUUGAGGGUGUGAGAAUUUUAGAAAAUUUAAAUGUUCUCUAUAAAACUUAGAUUUCUGAUAUUUUGGAAGAAGUUAUAAGUUGCUGAAACUCAGAUACCAGUUUUCUGGAAAAUGUCAGUGUGGUAAUGGUAGACUUCAGGGGGCAAUUUCUAGGUCUGAAAUGUAGCAGAGGAAACAGCAGGGAGGGCAGGCAGCCACGCACUCACUACAGUAUCCCAUACACUGUGGACGGGGAGGGGCUUGAUGGAGGCCUUAGCACUGAUGUCCCCGAAAUACCUGAACUGUAUGCCUCCUUGCCUUGUCUGAUGGUAGCAGAGUCCCUGCUGGCUCGCCUGUGGGUCUCAUGGGUUAGACAAAGUGAGAAGGUGGCUGGCAGAGAGCAGGGAGCCUGAGUGCACCUCAGAGUUGCAGUAACCGCAAUAUUUAAAUCACUGAUGAGAAGAUAAAAAUAGCUUCUCCUGGGAAGUCUUGUAUCCCGUGGGAGUGAUGCCAGCAGCCACACAAAGUUCCCAGCAGUGAUACCCAAGUGUUUCUAGGUUUCAUCAGCCCUUGAGCUUUCUCACCCACCUCGUUUAGAUGCCAGUGGAGCAGUCAUAAAACCCGUCGAUUGUUUUGUGUGACAUUUAUCCUGAGGAUCCGUUGAGCAUAAAUGAUGAUAUGGUAAGGUUAUCCUUUAUUUUGGAGUUGGUUUCAUUUGGGAUUUUUGUUGCGUUACGGUACAGAAGCUAGAGGUUUGAGCCGCGUUUCAAUUCCCGGCAGUGCUUAUUGUAGCCUUCACCUAGACUUUCAUGGAGGUCUGGUCAGAAUGUGUGAGGAGCUGGGAACGCAGCAGCCGUGAGUGCCACCGAGGUGACCAGGAGGCACUAACGGGGGUCAGUGUCUUCCUGGGUGUUAUGGACAGCCGCUCACACAGUGGUUACUCUGUGGACAUUUCCAAUGUUUAAUCCAAAAUGAAAGCCCACCAGUGCUUUUGCUAACUUCAGUGCCUUUUGUAAAUCAUUUUAAAAUUUCCUGAACUUGCUGAGAAUAUAUAGUGAUAUUAAGUAGGUGUAAGAUUGUUUUGUUCAUAAAAAAUCUAAAUUGAAACUUUCUUUAAAAAAAAAAAAAAAAAAAAAGCUUGGCCAGGGGCAGUGGCUCACGCCUGUAAUCGCAGCACUUUGGGAGGCCGAGGCGGGUGGAUCACAAGGUCAGGAGUUUGAGACCAGCAUGGCCAAUAUGGUGAAACCCCAUCUCUAUUAAAAAAAAAAAAUUUAGCUGGGUGUGGUGGCGCAUGCCUGUAGUCCCAAAUACUCGGGAGGCAGAGGUUGCAGUGAACUGAGAUUGCCCGACAGCCUUCCAGCCUGGCAACAGAGCGAGACUCCGUCUCAAAAAAAAAAGCUUAUUUCUUUUACAUGACAAAAGAUAGGUCAGGAAUAUUGGAAUCAAGAUUUAAAUGUUAAAAUUCAAGUUUGUUACACAGGCUGUAGCAUACAAGAUCUAGAUACCAGACAGAAACAACACAUUUUGUUCUAAAAAGCAGCCUUUUCAAAAGCCAUCUUGGUUCUCAAAAGAAAUCAGAUUGUGGAUAUUCAUAGUGAUGAUGUGUUUUCUCUAAAAUCUUACCAUAUUGUCUGUAUAUUGUUGUAAAUUCUAAUAGAAAGUAAAAGUUUCUUGCCCUCA